UGAAUGGACGCUACGUUCCUUUUCCGGCUGCAUCUGCACACUCCACCAGGAAGUGUGGUGCGAUAAAUCCUAAACUAUUAAUCCCUUAUACCUGGAGGAAGGAGAUAGAUAUUAUUAUGCAUUUUGGAUGGAAUAUACCAUUUGUGUCGCCUUUCUAAUCUACAAAUCGUUCCAAUCGGUGUUUAGCAAUUCAUGCAGGGUAAACAUAAUACCCUUAACGCCCUGCAAGUUUGGGUUUCUGUGCUGUAGCAUUUAGUCCUUCUCAAAUCUAACCCUUGACUGCAAUGGGAUGCUGCGGUAGCACAGAGAGGACAAAGAGAGAAUGGAAACCCUUCGAGGAUCGAAGUUGCACGGAUUUGCCGUGGUUCCUUUUAUUUACUGUAUUCUGUGUUGGAAUGGGGAGUAUCUGUGGGUUCACCAUCGCCACGGGGGGUGCAGGCCGCCUGGUCUUUGGGUAUGACAGCUACGGGAACACCUGCGGCCAACGCAAUGAGCAGAUCGAAGGGGUCCGGCUGAGUGGACUGGAUCAGACGGACAAAAAGUAUGUGUUCUUCCUGGACCCAUGUAACAUUGACAUAGUGCAGAGGAAGAUCAAGUCCAUGGCCCUGUGUGUGUCCAUGUGUCCUGAUGAAGAGCUGAAGACAUACCAGGACCUCAAGGGAUUCGCCAUGAACAAUGGGUCGGAGCUGUGUUCAUACGAACUAGCCGGUCACAAAUACCCCAGCCUUCCAGAGAGGUUUGACAAAUGUCCCAAACUUCCAGUUCCACCAAGCAAAUCUCUCCCGGUGUUCAACCGCUGCACACCGGUGGACAUCUCCUGCUAUGCCAAGUUUGCAGAGGCUGUGGUGACGUUUGUGAGCGACAACAGCGUGUUGCACAGGCUGAUCGGUGGCGUGAUUGCCAGCAAAGAGAUCAUCGUGGGCCUCUGUCUGCUGGCGCUAGUGCUCUCCAUGAUCCUAAUGCUGAUCAUCCGCUACAUCUCUGCUGUGCUGGUCUGGAUCCUCACUGCCAUGGUGGUCCUGGGCUCCCUGGCGGGCACAAGCAUUCUGUGGUGGCUGUACAUAGACCACCGGUUAACUGCCAACAAGAACUUAUCUAAAGAGACUGCAGAGACUACGGAGACGAAAGAUGCUAAGGAGGAAGCAGAGAUGACAAGGGACAAUGCCCAGGCGUUUCUGGUGUAUGCCAUCGCUGCCACCGUAUUCACAGUGAUCCUUCUCCUGCUGAUGCUGUUCAUGAGGAAACGAGUGGCCCUGACGAUCGCCCUGUUCCACGUGGCCGGCAAGGUGUUCAUCCACCUGCCGUUGCUCACCCUGCAGCCCUUCUGCACCUUCCUGGCCCUGCUCCUCUUCUGGAUGUACUGGGGCCUGGUGCUGCUCUUUCUCGGGACCACCGGGAACCCGGUCCAGAACGAGGAGACAGGUCUGACAGAGUUCCGUCUGACUGGGACUCUGCAGUACAUGACGUGGUACCACGCUGUGGGCCUCAUCUGGAUCAGUGAGUUCAUCCUGGCCUGCCAGCAGAUGACUGUCGCUGGGGCUGUGGUAACGUACUACUACACAAGGGACAAGACCAGGAUGCCGGUCACCCCCAUCCUGUCGUCAGUGCUGAGACUGAUGAGGUACCACCUGGGCACGGUGGCCAAGGGUUCCUUCAUUAUCACCCUGGUCAAGAUCCCACGCCUAAUGCUCAUGUACGUCCACAACCAGCUCAAGGGCAAGGAAAAUGCAUUUGCUCGCUGCAUGGUGAAGACCUGUAUCUGCUGCCUGUGGUGUUUGGAGAAGUGCCUCAACUAUUUGAAUCAGAAUGCGUACGCGGCGACAGCCAUCAACAGCACCAGUUUCUGUACGUCGGCGCGCGACGCCUUUGUGAUUCUGGUAGAGAACGCUCUGAGGGUGGCCGCCAUCAACGCCGUGGGAGACUUUGUCCUCUUCCUGGGCAAGAUCCUGAUCGUGACUUCCACAGCGUUCGCCGGCGUACUGCUGCUGAACUACCAGCGGGACUACGCAGAGUGGGUCCUCCCUCUCAUCAUUGUCUGCCUCUUUGCCUUCCUGGUGGCCCACUGCUUCCUGUCCAUCUUCGAGAUCGUGGUGGACGUGCUCUUCCUCUGCUUCGCCAUUGACACCAAAUACAACGACGGUACACCGGGCAAGGAGUUCUACAUGGACAAAGCCCUGAUGGAGUUUGUGGAAAACAGCAGGAAGUUGGAACGGGUGGUGGAGCGAGGGCGGAGCCGCCCCACUGAAGCGGUGUCGGUGGAGGGGCCGGAGAUGAAGCCCAUGGCUCCAGGAACAAGUUCAGCUUGACCAAAAUCACCUAAAGGGACUUUUUUUUAAAGACAUUCCAAAAUGUUUAUUUUUACCAAUGUGUAACAUGUUUACUAUGGUUUCACUCCAGGGAUACAAUAUUUUAAUAAGAAACUGUAAAAAAAUAUAUAACAAUGUAAUGAAGCACUUUAUAUUGAAGCGCUGCAUAUUUUAAAAGGCUGAUGCAUU